AUGUCGCAGCGUUCCCCAGUCACACUGGGCCUGGCUAGGGCUGCCCUGCCGACACCGAUCGACCGCAAGCGGCCACGCGAGGACGAGUCGGCGUUUCUCAAGCCGCGCGAGGUGGGGCAGAAGGGAGCUGCGGCCACGCUGCCAGAGGCCAGCACUCCCGACGUGCUGCGCGACUGGAUGACGGAAGCUGAGAUCGAGGACGUGGCUGUCUCCGAUACCGUUUACGGCUCAGAGGAGCGCACGCGCGGCGAGUGGUUUGCCGCGUAG